AUGGUUCGAAUAGAUCAUGCUGCUAGCUAUUUUAUGCCGUUACUAUGUUCAUCAAAACCUUAUGUUAGGGUUAAUUGCGUAGUGGUUACUAUGCUACUAUUCGUUGCAUUGUUGUGCAGUUAUGGAUUCAUGGGGAAGCAGUAUGAUGAGCCGAAUUUAUUCAUGCCCAAUGCUCAAGAUUACUUUAGAGCGUCUCUGUUAGGCGUAUUUUCACCUAUGCUCUACUAUUUUGUACAGACUUUUCUAAUCAAUUUGAAUCGAAGAUACUUGGUCGCUAAUUUCAUCGUGGAUUUCCCCUUGAACGACUGGUUCAUAUUGCUGAUCAUCGUAUGCCUUGCAUAUCCACAACAACAGCAGCACCAAUCACACCAUAGAGAUGACGAUACUAUUUGGCACAUUGUACCGAGACAGACUUACAUAUUUGGCGUUGCUUGGUCAUUAGGAGAACUUAUCGUUAGCGUACUAGGGAAUCUGUUCAACUACAGAGAAAUUCCAGAAGAACUAGAGGCAUCACAAGAAUCACAACUUUUGGAUAGAAACAGCGGCAGUAGUACUAACAGGGAUGAUAUAACACUUUCCAAAUGUCUAGAUGUAAGAAGAGAUUCAUCAUCAAUUUCAAAUAACGUUUACUAUUCCGAGAUCGAUGCUCAAAAUAAUCAAAAAGGCUACGGUACGAUGAGCGACGAUGGCGAAGCUGCUGUACUGCUAGUAAACUCGAACGAUAAUUCGUUAAAGUUAGCGCCCUUGGAGUAUGAUAGAGAUCCAAGAAUUAUGGAACAACAGCGGCAGUGGGGGGCCCUUGUCGGCAUGGCAGAAACACAAGCCGCUAAUGGAUUCCCCAUUAAAAAGUUUAAAGCCAUCAAAUCCAAUUGGUCGCUUUUCAAAGCCCUGUGCACAAUGGUGCUUGUUUUGUUGAGUAACAUUAUGCUCAUUGUCGGUCAAUGUCUCAUAACAUCCAUAUACUUCACCUAUGUGCCGGGACAUCAACGCAUUUUCACACCAGUGGUUAAUUUCUUUGGCCAAAGAACAGUCACUUUCUUUUUAUCAACGGUAAUGCUACCCUUUACCGUGAUCAAUUUAGCUGCUAAUGCUGCCAUCUACUCAUGGAAGGAUCUUGACGAAUGGUUCUACUGCCGGCCAAGAGAUCUCGAUCACGAUUUGUACUACGACUCAGAGGCCUCGUUGCAAAGAUCAAGACCAACAACAACUUCUUGGAUACCUCCGCCACCACUACAGAUACCGGAUCUAGGUUUUUCAGAUCCAUCUUUACUGGUACAAGAAAGUUUUCAACCGAACGAGCCAAGAACCCUGCAUUAUGCUAAGAAGACUGUAAAACUAUGGCAACGACUCGCUAAAAAGGACUCGUUUGUACUUGUUUCGAUGACUAUAUGGGGUAUUGCAGUAUUCACUACGGGGUUCCUUGCAACCGUCCCACAUUAA